GAGAUGAGCCGCUCGGUGACGGUGGGUCGGGCGGCGGCGGCGGCGCCCCCCGGGGCUCGCUACCGGAGGGCCGUGGCGCCCAGCCGGGCCUUCGACUUCCUCUACGAUCCAUUAUAUACACUUUCAAGUGAGAGAGACCAUGCACAAGCAACAGUCCAGUCUCAUCUGCUUCACGAUGAAAUGAGGAAAGUGCCAGCAUUUAAAACCAUGUUCAGUAACCUGAUUCACUAUCCACCAUACUCUAUGCAAUUAGAAGAAAUAAACCCUGUUCCCCCAUUCAUUGACCGAAGAUGGAGAGGAAGGGCGGAACGGCGCAUUGAGGCUCUUCAGAAGCUUGCUAGAUCUCAACCGUCACUUCAGAUUCCAAGAAUUGAAUAUGAAGAUCCUGAUGUUGGUGGGAGGAAUCGCUGGAAGUAUUUUGAACGACCUUUCAUCCCAUUUCAUAAGCCAAUGCCACUAAAUGUUGUCUAUGCAAUGUCCAAGCCAGAGGCAUACAUUGACAAGGUGAAAUCCAGGGACAAGCCAUCUUACCUCAUUUCACGAAGCGUGGGUACACAGACGGAUUAUCGGGAUGGUGAAGCUCAGACAGAUCCCUACAGCCCUGAAUAUGUGGUGCCUCCCGGUUCCAUCCCUGAGCUCCUGACCCUUGUUACGCUGACCUGGGGACGGGGCCUUCCAGCAACCCAGGCAGAAGUGGAAGUGAUUGAACGAGCCCGAGAAAAACGUGCCUGGGAGGCAACGCUCCCCCCCCUCAGCGAUGCGACACAGAUUGCAAAGCGGCGGAGGAUGAUGGAGGAAAUGGAGAGGAAAGAGUGGGCCUUCCGGGAAGUAGAAAUAGAGGAAUUGCAAGAAGUUAGACUAGAACUCUUAAAGGCUCUGCUGAGGAAAAGGGAAGAGAACCGCAAUGAACUGAUGGUUACUCGCUUGGAUGCUCACUGGUUUAACCUCAUGCAAGAAAAAGAAGAAAAAAUUAAAAAAAUUCAGCAUGAACAUAUAAAAGCAAUCCGAAGACUGAUAGCCAAGGGGAAAAAUGUGGAAGGAAAACUGGAUAAAAGAAAUGUCAUCAGGGACUACACUGAAUUUGAUUCACAGCCUUAUGCUCCUCUAUCAAGAAUUGGCUACUUUCCAGACAAUAGAGCCGACCGUUUCAUAGUGAAGAACCCCUUUCUCAACACCUAUCAAGGAUUACUUGAGCUGGAGGCAUCUCUUCCUGCCUCCGUCACUCAGCCCCGAACUGAAGCUCCCAAAAGGAAAACCACCACUAGGGAUGGGUUUAUUAAACGGUCGGCUAGACUAGAAUUGGAACUGGCACAGGUUUACCAGAUACUGCAAGACAGAAAGAAAAAGGUUAAGGAGCCGCAUAAACCACUUCGUUUCCUUGAGAAGAUAUCCAAGAUCCCCGCUCGUCCUCCCACUCCAACACUGGAAGUGCCUUCACUGAUUGAAGAAGAGCGGGAACUAGCUGUGAUUACACUGCAGAGCUUAAUCCGAGGCAGAGCUAUCCAGAAUAUGAUGUUUGAAGGGAAGGAAAAGCGACUGGAACUGAUCCGCGAGUUGCGCACCACUCAUGCGCUUCAGGAGGAUGGGCAGCUGUUGAAGAAGGCGGAGAAGCAAGUGACGUUGGCCUUGCAGAGGCAACGGGAUCUGCAUGAACACAAGAUGUCUCUCAUGGAAAAGCACUUGGCUCGGGUGGAAGGGAGAGCCCUCUCCAACAUGCUAGACUUCCUCUCCAAAGAGCUGAUUCGGCUCCAGGACGAACGGAGGAUCCACGCUUUUGCUAUGCUUGCUGAAAGGCAACGCCGAAUUCGGGAAGCCGAGGAGAGCGGCCGCCGGCAGGUGGAGGAGCGGCGCAGGCGUGAGGAAGAUGAGAUCUUUAGACAGGUUGUCAAGGUGCACCAGAGUACAGUUGACUCCUACCUGGAAGAUGUCAUCCUGGAGAGCAUGGAGACUACGGCUGACGAACAGGCUAGAGAAGAGAUUCAAAGAGUGGCUGUGGAAAUCAACGACAUCGCUUAUGAAAUGGAAACACGUCGAACACAUCUUCAGUCUGAAGAAAUUGUGGCCGAGCUGGUUUAUAGUUUCCUGAUCCCCGAAGUGAGGAAAAUGGCCAUCAAGGAGAAAGUGAGACAGUCCCAGAGGAAGCACAUUCACGCAGCUCAUCAGAUCAUUCAUGGGACUACAGAGACGACCGUGGGACAGCUCUUUGAGCUCCAACUGGCCACUGGUGUCGAACUUUCUCAGCUAGCAAUCCCGAGUGCAGAUCUGCCUCCUGCAGCAGCUGAAGAACAAGGCGCUCCUGAGCCCCAUGAACCCCACGAGCUGCAUGAACCCCAUGAGCCGCAUGAGCCACAGAUUCCUGACAGUCAAACAGAGCCUGAAAUGCCACCUGAAGGUGAUGGUACAGACCCCUCAGGCAGUGAAGAAACGGAAAAGAAAUAAGUUGCCCCUGAGGAACCACCAAAAGGCUUGAAGCACCUGGGACUAAUAUGCACCUCUGAGGUCUUCCCCCCAUUUUUUGCAUUGUGCCCUCCUUUCUUUCUAAAACAUCCUUGUGUGUACCAUAUCAAACAAACCGAGAGCAACAGCAGAAUAAUUUUUUAAAUAUUUUCAUAGACUGCAGCGGUAAAAUCUUGAAAUCCAAUUGGCAGCAAGAAAAAUAAGAGUUUUGCAAGAAAAGCAGAACAAUUAGAGAGAUACUUCAAAAAAACAUACAUUUCCCACCCUUAAGCUUAGGGUUAGGGCUGGGUUUUUUGCAGCUGUGGGGAAAAGACAGCACACAGGAGAGUUUGGAAGUCUUGUAUCUUCUCAUCAUAGAAUAAAUCACGCCCAACUACCAAAACUCUGGGACUAGAGGGAAGUUCUUGCAGAGAAGCCCUACAACCUCUCUUUGUCUCCUCUUCAAGCUCCAGCAGCCUUGGAAAGACUUGGGCAAAGGAAACCAGAGAGAGAGAGAGACAAGCAAGUAAGGAAUCUGCAGAAGAAGGGGAUGUUCUUGUGAAAGACAGAACAAGAAUAGGGCACACAAGAAGAGACGGAGUAAAAGAAGUCAGGGCUGGAACAUAUUGCUGCACUGUCAUCUUCCAGCUUUGGUCCAAGGAAUGACUGGGUUGACACUGCGACAGUUGCUCAUAGGACAGGGGCCAUUUCCUGAAGAUAGGGCAUAGGAAGGUAAGACUAGUCCAAGGUCCUAGGCAUGGCCAGCUCAGGGUAGCAGGGCGCAAGGCGCAGCAAAAAGGAGCUUGUGGAAAGCUCACAAUGGGCAUCGCUUGCCAUGACACACUCAGGGACAACUGCUGAAACUUCAAGGCUUUCUGAAGGCAGGCUGGCUGGCACUUGAACCUCCCACACCUUGGGUUUUCUGUUCUUUUCAAGGAGUAUCACCUUGUUGUGUAACCACGGACUGCUGUGCAUUGAGGGAUGAAAUGGUUGAGUGUCCUUUGGGUUGGAGGAGUCCACACCUUUUGGCCUCGAUGGUCUACGAAGAAGGAGUAACACCUCCUCCUAAUGCAUCUCCUCUCCAGAUCUGCCUGUGAGCCAGAUGGAGGAUAUGGGCAGAGAACGCAACAGUUGUGGGAGAGCCAGGGCAAACAGAUGCGGGGUAGGGGUGGGAAGGUGAAGCAACAGGGAGAAAAUCAGAAGCAAUGUAGGGUUGGCUGCCACCUCCCUCCCCCAAGAUGGACUCUUCUUAUUGGCUAUCCAAGAACUGAAAACGAGAAGUGCCAGCCUCCCAGGAUGACUUCAACCGUCUUCCCACAACCUCUGCUCUGCCCCAACCUGGCUGUUGCGUGUAUGAUUAAUAAAAAUGAAGAGGAGUCUUUUUUGCAAUAUAUUUUUUUAAUUUAUUGAAGCAGUAGUCACAUGACCUUGCAUCUAGCCUUUUAGUAUAGUAACAGAAUAGAUCUGACCAGUCAUUCGGCUUGAAAAAGAAAUUUUCUUUUGCGCAAACAGACAUCACAUUGAAUACAUACAUUAUCCAGGACUGAAACCCAGCUCAGAGAUAGCAACGUGCCGAUUUGUUGGAGGAACAGCCCCACAAGACAUGGUUAUUAUAAACUCUUCACACCAUCACCAGAUUUACUCAGGGGCUCAAAGAAAGGAAGUGCAUUAUAAUAUGUCUCAGCACAUCUUGCAGAUAAAGUAGGGUCAUCUAGGAUGAUAACUGUCAAAGGGUUCCUCUUCCUUUCCAUCAAAUCAAAUGGUUUGGUGGAAGACAGAAGCUGUUAUCUCUUGCAAAAGUAUCACAGAUUAAUACAGACCAUUUAAGAAAACAUGCUAGCUCCCUGUGUUUAUUAUAUAAAGAGUCAAACCCCCCUGGUUGGGUGGGUGAGGAGCAGUUCUGGAAAAAGGUGAAUAGGAGCAGAAGAAGAGACUUUUAAUGGAGGUGGGAUACAGAAAAGUUCCAAGAGUUUUGAAAUAAAGACCACACACUUUGUAUUUUUAAAUUUCAUGUCCAGGCUAACCUACUUUUUAUUUAAUGCAAAUUACAGUACCAGUUAACUAUUUCCGAACCAAGUCACACAGAACAAAAUGUAUUUACAAAGGAGCAGAAGGGAGGAGGCAAAAUAAUGAAACAUUAAGCAUACUCUCCACAAAAAAGUUUAUAUUUAAAAUGAAAAAAUUAAUCAGUCACAGAGGCAUUCAAGUAGUAAUAAUGUUAUACAUGUUUUGCUUCUUCUUUGAAUCAAGACAGCUUUGUACGUGUAUGCAAUAGUUUGUAUACAACCCCACAGUCCAUUAUAUAUAGAUUUUAGAUUUUCUGCUUUUAAGAUGGAAGUGAUCACGGUAAUUGUGUGCACAAGCCCAAGUGAUCUAUCAGCAACAUAGUAACAAACGCAAAUUUUACAGGCAAGCAUAUUAUUUAUAUAUAUAAACGUUCAUUUAUAUAUAUAAAUUGUUUUUUUCCAAAAAACCAAGAACAAACAACACAAGGAAGGAAAAUAUGUAUCUCAAGCUAACCCUUUAGGUACAAGUCUUUAUUACGCCUUUUCAUUUUGCUUUUAUUGCCUUGUCACAAAUGAAGCAAGAAAUUAGCCUCUAUAGAAAUAUUGGGAAUUCAAAGGCUUUCUGAUGUAUACACCUGGCAAAUGUAGGUCCUGGGUUACAUACUAAACUGUGCUUUUCAUUACUGGCUUUGACCUCUAGUGGCUGGGAUUUAUAAUGGAUAAUAGUUUAUUGGUAGCAUUUCUUAAGAAGCAUUACUAAUCUGGGAACAUUUCAAAUUAAUACUAAUUACGGACAUUCACCAUCACUUGGCUUAUUUAUAAAAAGAAGUAUAUGCUCAAGUAUCAGUUAGAUGACUUCAGAGUAAUCUUUGUUGAUUCCACACACCCCUUUGUUUAAAGGAAGGGACUUCAAAAUUAAGAGAGUGUCUUGAUUGACUUUCAGCUGGGGACACAGAAUAUUGUUAAUGCCAUCUCAGGGACAUGCAAUGCAGACAAAGGAUAGAUCAAGAGACCAUUAAAGUACUUCAUUUAAAAACAAGCCACAAAAACAGACUUCGGAGUGGACUGUCAGAAACAAAAUGCUAUCACUGACCUUUGUGUCACCAGAAAAAGUGCAGCCUCUGCCUUACCGGAAUGAACACAAGAUGAUUACAAAAAGCCAAAAACAAAACAGCAACCUUUGGUUUGAUAAAAAGUUCAGCAUUUUGCCACCGAAGAAGAGAAUCUCACGUGGAAUACUAACAAGGUCAAACACACAAGUGAGCAGAGUUUUCAAAGCAAGGCCUUUGCGCGGGGCACAGAAAUUAAGGUCAACUUCAAAAUGACUUCCAUAAGAAAAUAAAACUUCGGGGUGAGAGGGAGGGCAAGUGAUAAUCUACAACUACAGACUCUCAAUACCACAGAUUAAUCUCUGGCCAAAAAAAGCAGAAAGGAUGUGUGAGUGAGACCCCAAUUCUUCCACCCCCCCUGCUGCCCCCACCCCCAUUCCAUGACAGCUUCUUUGCAAAGCCCUAUUUUGCCUCUACAGAAACAAAGACUAAACUAAAGCUCCUAGCUAGAAGCUGUUGUCUACAAGUAACUCUGGACAAACGUACUGGGAAAAGACGAGCAAAAUGUAAACUUGCCACUUAGAUGCCAAGAUAGCAAACGUAAAAUGAAACCGGUCACUGCUAUUGUGGGCAAGGGAGAGAAACUUUUAAACGCCUACGAACAAAGCCAUAGUUUGAAGUAAAAAAUAAAAAAAUGAAUGAAUUUUCUUUUUCAUUAUACUACUGACAUGAAAUAACUCAAAGAAGGGAAACAAAGAUUUCCAUGUGUGAGACAUCUGGUACAAAAAAAGGAAUAAAAUAAAAUAAAAAAAAUUAUGGAAGCAAAGGCACUCCAAACUAUAUAGAUAUACUAUACAUCGCUAGAGUUAUUGUUACAAUAAUACAGGCCGGUUAUCUACUGUACAGAGUUAAAACUAUAUGGCUUUAAAAAGCUCGUCUACAUUUUGUCUGAUUAUUAAAACAGAUUUAACUGCCCUGAAUGGUAACGUUUUGCUCAUUAACAGCAGUUCCUGGGUCCACAUAUUUACAUACAAAGCAAUACAACUCAAAAUUUUAAGAACAACUAAUGUACAAACUUGAAUUUGGUGAGGAGCUUUUGUCUUGUUUAUUUACAAAAAUGGUAUUGAAACACCUGGAUCUAGAUUUGUAUAAAAUUUUGUCUGCAGUCCCGCCAUGAUCCUCGAGAAAGUAAAACCAUCAGGAUCUCAGUUUACACAUAAACACACACAUACACACACAAAACAAUUU